CCAACAUCCUCUAAGAUGUUUAUAUGGACCAGUGGCCGGACUUCUUCAUCUUAUAGACACGAUGAGAAAAGAAAUAUUUACCAAAAAAUCAGAGACCACGACCUACUGGACAAAAGAAAAACUGUCACAGCACUGAAAGCUGGCGAGGACCGGGCCAUUCUCCUGGGACUGACCAUGAUGGUGUGCUCCGUCAUGAUGUACUUUCUGCUGGGGAUCACACUCCUGCGCUCAUAUAUGCAGAGCGUGUGGACUGAAGAGUCUCAGUGCACGUUGCUGAACGCGUCCAUUACGGAAACAUUUAACUGCUCCUUCAGCUGUGGCCCCGACUGCUGGCAACUCUCUCAGUACCCCUGCCUCCAGGUGUACGUGAACCUGACUUCUUCAGGUGAAAAGCUUCUUCUCUACCACACCGAAGAGACGAUAAAAAUCAAUCAGAAGUGCUCCUAUAUCCCUAAGUGUGGAAAAAAUUUUGAAGAAUCCAUGUCUCUGGUGAAUGUUGUCAUGGAGAACUUCAGGAAGUACCAGCACUUUUCCUGCUAUUCUGACCCGGAGGGAAACCAGAAGAGUGUCAUCCUCACCAAACUCUACAGUUCCAACGUGCUGUUCCAUUCACUCUUCUGGCCCACGUGUAUGAUGGCUGGCGGCGUGGUGAUCAUUGCCAUGGUGAAACUCACACAGUACCUCUCCCUGCUCUGUGAGAGAAUCCAGCGGAUCAAUAGAUAAACGCAAAAUGGAUGAGAUUAUUUUUUUUAAAGCUCAAAUACUGUUUUCUUUCAUUCUUCACCAAAGAACCUUAAGUUUGUAAUGUGCAGUCUGUUAUGAGUUCCUUAUACGUAGAGCAAUAAUGUAAAAGCUGUUCUAUAUGCAAACAUGAUGUCUUUAUUAUUCAGGAAA